AUGCAAAGCAUCAUUUGUUCUCGCAGAGUGGACACCCUGACCCUGGAGCUUGUGGCAGAGCGCAGCAUGGCCCAGAAGAGUGAAAAUGCGCGCCAGCAGCUGGAGAGGCAGAACAAGGACUUGCGGGCCAAGCUGGGCGAGCUGGAGGGCUCCGUGAAGAGCCGGUUCAAGGCCUCCAUCACCGCCCUGGAGGCCAAGAUACUGCAGCUGGAGGAGCAGCUGGAGCAGGAGGCUAAGGAGCGAGCAGUGGCCAAUAAGCUUGUGAGACGGACAGAGAAGAAGCUGAAGGAGGUGUGCAUGCAGGUGGAGGACGAGCGCCACCAUUCCGACCAGUACAAGGAACAGAUGGAGAAGGCCAACUCUCGCAUGAAGCAGCUGAAGAGGCAGCUUGAGGAGGCUGAGGAGGAGGCCACACGUGCCAACGCCUACCGCAGGAAGCUGCAGAGGGAGCUGGACGAUGCCACUGAGAGCAGCGAGGGUCUCAGCCGUGAGGUCAACACACUCAAGAGCCGCCUCAGGCGUGGAGGCCCCAUCAGUUUCUCCUCCAGCCGCUCGGGCAGGCGUCAGCUGCAGGUAGAGGGAACAUCGCUCAACCUACUAUCCGACGAUGAGGUGGAAAACAAGACCACGGACGCCAAUGCCAACGAGACGCCAGCAGCUCCCCAACCAGAGUAGACGCGCUCCCUCCAG